GCCCGCCCCUCUCGCCAGCCCCUGCCCCUCCCUCCCCGCUCUCCCGCUGCUCGCUCCGGCAGCUCCAAAUGCACUCGGCUGCGCUGCAGCUCAGGAGGCGUCAGGAUGGUUCCUCCUGCCGUGGGGGGCGCAGCCCGUAGCCCCCGGCUCCUGGGGGUGACGACCCCCCUGCCGCAGCCGCUACUGCUGCUGCUGCUGCUGCUAGAAGGGAGCGCCGCGCUGGAGAUCCAACGGCGAUUCCCCUCGCCCACCCCGACCAACAACUUCGCCCUGGACGGCCCCGGGGGGAAGGUGUACCUGGCAGCGGUGAACAGGCUCUACCAGCUGUCCGGCCCCAACCUGAGCCUGGAGGCGGAGGAGGCUGUGGGGCCGGUGCGGGACAACCCCUUAUGCCACGCCCCGCAGCUUCCCCAGGCCUCCUGCGAGCACCCCAAAAUGCUGACGAACAACUACAACAAAAUCCUUCAGCUAGACCCCGGGCAGGGGUUGGUGGUGGUCUGCGGCUCCAUUUACCAAGGCUUCUGCCAGCUGAGGCGCCUGGGCAACAUCUCGGCUGUGGCCGUGAGCUUUCCCCCGACGGCAGACGGCACCGAGCCCGUCACCGUCUUCCCCAGCAUGCUCAACGUAGCAGCCAACCACCCUAAUGCUUCGACUGUGGGCCUGGUGCUGGAACCGCCGUCGGGGGUCCUCGGAGGUGCCAGUGCCGGCGGCGGGACCCGGCUGCUGGUGGGAGCCACCUACACCGGCUUCGGGAGCCAGUUCUUCCCCCGGAACCAAAGUCUGGAAGACCACCGCUUCGAGAACACUCCGGAGAUCGCCAUCCGCUCCCUGGACACACGUGGUGACCUGGCCAAACUCUUCACUUUCGACCUCAACCCCUCCGACGACAAUAUUCUCAAGAUCAAGCAGAGGGCCAAGGCUUUGCACAAACUGGGCUUCGUCCGCGCCUUCCUGCACCCGGGCAGCAGUGGUGGCGCGGCGGCGCCCCACAGACGGAACGGGCCCUGGGCACCGACCACCCCAGCCUAUGCCUACCUGGCCCUAAAUAGCGAGGCCAAGGCUGGAGACAAGGAGAGCCAGUCUCACAGCCUGCUGGCCCGCAUCUGCCUCGGUUGGGGGCCGGCCGGAGGGCCCGGCGGGGCGGCCGCGGAGACCAAGAAACUCACCGAGUCCUACAUCCAGCUGAAGUUGCACUGCGGCGGGCCGGCCGGCGGCGAGGUCUUCAACCGUCUGGUGUCCGUGUUUCCGGCGGCGCCGGGGCCGAGCCGGCCCGAAGACCUGCUGUUCGGGGUGUUUGAGCGGGCAGCCCCUGGCGGCACCGGUGGGGCCGGAGCACGCGCACAGUCUGCCCUCUGUGUUUUCCGCUUUAUGGACAUCGAGGGAGCGAUCCGGGCCGCUCGCAGAGCGUGCUUCGUGGACCCCUCGCCCGACGUAGUCGCAGUGCUGGAGAGUGUGGUCCAGGGCACCGGGCCAGCUUGCGAGAAGAAAAGGAACAUCCAGCUCCAGCCAGAGCAGCUAGACUGUGGUGCUGCCCACCUCCAGCAUCCACUCUCCAUACUGCAACCUCUCAAAGCCGUGCCAGUGUUUCGCUACCUGGGGCUAACUUCUGUGGCUGUGGCCAGCGUCAACAACUACACCGUUGUGUUCCUGGGAACAGCAAAUGGGAGGCUCCUCAAGAUUAACCUGAAUAGCGCCAUGAACAUCAUGAGCCGGAAGUCUAUCACGGUGGCCUACGGGGAGGCGGUGCACCACAUCAUGCAGUUUGACCCCUCGGAUCCCAGCUACCUCUAUGUGAUGACGUCCCACCAGAUGGCCAGGGUGAAAGUCGCUGUGUGUGAUCAGUACACCACCUGCCCAGACUGCCUGGCUGCGGAGGAUGCCUACUGUGGCUGGUGCGCCAUGGAGACCAGGUGCUCCCUCCAGCAUGAGUGUGCCAACUCCAGUCAACCCCACUUCUGGACCAGUGCCAGUGAGGGUGUCCAGUGCUGCCCGUCCAUGACCAUCCUGCCCUCAGAAAUCAAUAUCCACCAGGAGUAUUCAGGUAUGAUCAUCCAGAUCAGUGGCAACAUGCCCAGUUUGAGUGGGAUGGAGAUGGCCUGUGACUAUGGGAAUGGCAUCCACACUGUGGCCAGGGUCCCCGGCCCAGACUUCAGCCACCAGAUAGCCUACUGCAACUUCCUUCCUAGGGACAAGUACCCUGAAUUUCCAUCAGACCAAGACCACGUGACCGUCCAGACAGCUGUGCAGGUCAAUGGCAGAAACAUCGUCUGGGCCAAUUUCACCAUCUAUGACUGUACCCGCACAGGACGUGUCUACCCUCAUACAGCAUGCACCAGCUGUCUGUCCACCCGAUGGCCCUGUUUCUGGUGCACUCAGCAGCAUACCUGUGUCUCCAACGUGUCGGAGUGUGGAAGCACAGCAAACCCCACAGACAGCCAGGACUGCCCUCGGAUCCUUCCCAUGCCGCUAGCCCCAGUGCCCACAGGAGGCCUGCAGAACAUCCAUGUCUCACUGGCCAACACUGUCUUCUUCUCCCAGGGUGUAUCUCUGGCCUGCAACUUCGGAAGCGAUGAGACCUUUGAGGCCACGUGGGUCAAUGCUUCAGAAAUUCAGUGCAGCCAAGUUGUGCUUCACACCCCUCAAAGGAGCCAGAUUUUCCCAGUAAACCUUCAGCUAAAGGGUAAACCAGACCGAUUUAUUGACAGCCCUGAGAAGAUGACAGUGGAGGUCUACAACUGUGCCAUGGGGAGCACGGACUGUUCCCAGUGCAUGGGGAGAGAGGACCUGGGCCACCGAUGCAUCUGGAAUGAGGGCUGUAGAUUGAACAACCAGCCCGUGCCCGUUGCUACGACCUGCCCUGCCCCAGAGAUCAGGAAGAUCGAGCCCCUGAGUGGCCCCCUGGAAGGAGGUACCCUUCUGACAAUCCGUGGGAAGAACCUGGGCCGUAGAUUCAGUGAAGUGGCCCACAGCACAUGGAUCGGUGGUGUGGCCUGCGAGCCCCUCCCAAGCAGAUACAUCGUCUCUGAGGAGAUCGUUUGCUGGACUGGCCCAUCGCCCAGCCCCUUUUCCGAUGUCGUAUCUGUUAAUGUGAGCAAGGAAGGGAAGUCGAAGGAGCGCUAUUCCUACGUGCUCCCAGUUGUCUAUUCCAUGGAGCCAGAUGUUGGUCCAAAGGCUGGAGGCACCAGAGUGACUAUCCGAGGGAGUGACCUUGGAGUGGGAUCCGAACUCCAUGUCCUGGUCAAUGACACCAAACAGUGUUUAAAUCUUGUGCGCACAGACAGUACCAUCACCUGCACCAUGCCAAGAGGAGAGCUGCUUGCCACCGUCCGUGUCUGUGUGCGCUUUGAGCACAAAUCCUGCAUGAACAGCAACAUCACCUUUGACUACAUGAGGGACCCAGUCAUCACAGCCAUCAGUCCCAGAAAGAGCCCGGUCAGCGGAGGGAGGACCAUCACUGUGGAGGGCAGUCGGUUCGACAUGGUGCAGAAUGUGUCCAUGAUGGUGAAUCACAUUGGCAAGGAGCAGACGCUCUGCAAGGUUCUUAAUUCCACCCUCAUCACCUGCCCCUCCCCUGGUGCCACAGCCAAUAAGUCAGCACCCGUGAACUUUUUCAUUAAUGGGCAACCCUACGAGGAUGAGCAGGUGGCCAUGGAAGACCCUGGAGAGCCAAAGAAUAUGCUUCCCAGCAGCAGGUUCAGCCUGGAGUAUCUGCCUGACCCCCAGUUUUCCACUGCCAAGAGGGAGAAAUGGAUUAAACACCAUCCGGGGGAGCCUCUCACCCUGGUCAUCCAUAAAGAGCAGGACAACCUGGGUCUGGAGUGUCAAGAGUAUCAAGUGAAGAUUGGCCAGACAUCCUGUGAGAUCCAGAUUGUCUCAGACAGAGUUAUUCACUGCUCAGUCAACGAGUCGCUGAGCACCUCAGAAGGGCACCUGCCCAUCACGAUCCAGGUUGGAAAUUUCAACCAGACCAUUGCCACACUACAGCUGGGUGGGAGCGAGACAGCCAUCACCGUCUCCGUCGUCAUCUGUAGCAUCCUGCUUCUCCUGUCCAUCGUGGGGCUGUUUGUUUUCUGUACCAAGAGCCGCAGAGCUGAGAGAUACUGGCAGAAAACCUUACUGCAGAUGGAAGAAAUGGAGUCCCAGAUCCGUGAAGAAAUCCGCAAAGGCUUUGCUGAACUGCAGACUGACAUGACAGACCUGACCAAGGAGCUGAACCGAAGCCAGGGCAUCCCCUUCCUGGAAUACAAGCACUUUGUGACUCGUACUUUCUUCCCCAAGUGUUCCUCCCUCUAUGAGGAGUGCUACAUUCUGCCUUCCCAGCCGCUCAACUCCCAGGGGGGAGCUCAGGUCCAGGAAACUCAUCCGUUGCUGCUGGGGGAGUGGAAAAUCCCCGAGAGCUGCCGGCCCAAUAUGGAGGAAGGGAUUGCCUUGUUCUCCACCUUACUGAGCAACAAACACUUCCUCAUUGUCUUCGUCCAUGCUUUGGAGCAGCAGAAGGAUUUCGCCGUCCGAGACAGGUGCAACCUGGCCUCUCUGCUCACCAUCGCUCUGCAUGGGAAGCUGGAAUACUACACCAGCAUCAUGAAGGACCUGCUUGUGGACCUCAUCGAUGCCUCGGCCUCCAAAAACCCCAAGCUGAUGCUUCGCCGGACGGAGUCUGUGGUGGAGAAGAUGCUCACCAAUUGGAUGUCCAUCUGCAUGUACAGCUACCUGCGGGAGACCGUGGGUGAGCCCUUCUUCCUGCUCCUAUGUGCAAUCAAACAGCAGAUCAAUAAGGGAUCUAUCGAUGCCAUCACUGGGAAGGCUCGCUACACGCUUAAUGAGGAGUGGCUGCUGAGGGAGAACAUUGAGGCCAAGCCUAGAAACCUAAACGUGUCCUUCCAGGGCUGCGGCAUGGACUCUUUGAGUGUCCGGGCCAUGGACACAGACACGCUGACUCAGGUGAAGGAGAAGAUACUGGAGGCUUUCUGCAAGAAUGUCCCCUACUCCCAGUGGCCCAGAGUGGAGGAGGUUGACUUGGAAUGGUUUGCUUCAAGCACCCACAGUUACAUUCUACGAGACCUGGAUGACACUUCUGUAGUAGAAGAUGGCCGAAAAAAACUCAACACCUUGGCACAUUAUAAGAUCCCUGAAGGAGCUUCACUGGCCAUGAGCCUGACAGACAAGAAGGACAGCACGCUAAGUCGAGUGAAGGAUUUGGACACUGAAAAAUAUUUUCAUUUAGUGCUUCCUACUGAUGAGUUGAUUGAGAGUAAGAAGUCCCACAAGCAGAGCCACAGGAAGAAGGUUCUUCCUGAGAUCUACUUGACUAGGUUGCUGUCAACCAAGGGCACACUGCAGAAAUUUCUCGACGACCUGUUCAAAGCCAUCCUCAGCAUCCGAGAGGACAAGCCUCCCUUGGCCAUCAAGUAUUUCUUUGAUUUCUUGGAAGAGCAGGCUGAGAAGAGAGGGAUCACGGAUCCAGACACUUUGCACAUUUGGAAAACCAACAGCCUACCUCUGAGAUUCUGGGUCAACAUCCUGAAGAACCCCCAGUUUGUCUUCGACAUUGACAAGACUGACCACAUAGAUGCCUGUCUUUCGGUCAUCGCACAGGCCUUCAUUGAUGCCUGCUCCAUCUCUGACUUACAACUGGGCAAGGAUUCACCAACAAAUAAGCUCCUAUAUGCCAAGGAGAUUCCUGAAUACAGGAAAAUUGUGCAGAGAUACUACAAACAAAUUCAUGACAUGACUCCUCUCAGCGAGCAGGAAAUGAAUGCCCACCUCGCUGAGGAAUCGCGGAAAUAUCGGAAUGAAUUCAACACUAAGGUUGCCAUGGCUGAGAUUUAUAAAUAUGCCAAGAGAUACCGUCCUCAGAUUAUGGCUGCACUAGAGGCUAAUGCAACCACACGCCGGACACAGCUGCAGCACAAGUUUGAGCAGGUCAUUGCACUCAUGGAGGAUAACAUCUAUGAAUGCUGCAGUGAGGCCUGACACCCUCUCCUCACAGCCGGGCUGGCCCUGCCCCACCCCUACCCCUAGAAGUGACCUUCUGCUAUCCAGUGCACUGCUAACUCUGAGACGUCUUUUUAAAAAAAGUAUAUAUAUAUAUAUAUGAAUAUAUAUAAUAUAGACAAUAAAUAUCUAUUUUAUGGUGUGCUGUAUGGUGAAGAAGAGGAAGAAGAAGAAGAAAGCAACCCAUGGAUGAAGGCCCCAAAACACAGGAUAGGAUGGGAGACCCACUGAAGCCAUGUUUUGUCUUUUCUUUGAUUAAUUUUAUUUUUCAAACACUUGUACAGCCCGGGGCUGAAGAAGAACAAAAAUGUCUAACAACACUUCACCAAAAAAAACCUUCCUUCAGCUGGAACAACUGUUUCCCCUGAGACUCCCUCUCAAGAGUGGAGCUGGUCACUCAGAUAGAAUCCUGGCCCAACCUGAGCCACAGUUGGGCCAUGUCUGGCCACUGCUUCUUUGCAGACGUCAGUCCUUUGUCAUCAUCUUCCUUGUGGCCCAGCUACCACUGCGUGGUCUCUUUGUCCAUUUCCAUUUCUACAGGGUUACCUGCCCCAUAAGUGGAGGGCAGGGAUAGGGAGAAUGAAUGGAAUGGUGUCACAGGACCAGCUAAAGCACCAGGCUAGAGAGUUGAGGGACUGUGUCCCCUGAAUGUUUUCUGCCUCGACUCUUCCCCUAAACUUGGGGCCACUGGUACCUCGCAGAGGGCUGGCCCACAGGAUGAGGAGUAAAGAAUGCUCACCUCUCUUCCUGGUGAGCGUGUCAUCCCCAGCCCCUACUAAUCAUAUGCACACAUACACACACACACACACACACACACUCACACUCUCUCACUCCUACUCACAUGCACUCACUCUGGAGCAUAUCAGUCCUAUUCCAGAUGCCCCAAGAAAGAGAAUUAUCCCUGCAACACAGUGGGCAAAAAAUGCUGAAUUUGGAUUCAGAGAACCUGGGUUCACAUCCUGGCUCUGUGACUUUGGACAAGUCACUGGACCUCACUUUUCUCAUCUGAAAAAUGAGGGGGAAAGGGGUUGGAGUAGUGACCUCUAAGUUACCUGCCAGCUCUGAAUCUUGUGAUCCUUAAGACAAGACAAAGAAGGAUGUGGGUUUGGGGGAAGAAGACUAAGGUGUCAGGCCCUGGAAUACCACAUGUCUGGAGAGCUAUUCCUUACAUCCUUUUGGGGGAAAGUCAACCUCUAUCCUACAUCCCAGAACAGCUAGGAUAUCUCCAAACAUACCCCUCCCUAGAUCAAGUCUAACACACUGACAGGGAGACAGGCUUAGGUUAAGAACUGUACAAACGGAGAGGUCUUAGUUUUGGGGCAUCUCAUGCAUUCAAGAAAUGUUCAUGGGCGCAGACUGGCAACUCCAGGUAUAUCCUUUCUUUACCCUCUAAGAUGGUGUAAAAUUCCCUCCCUCCCCUUGCCUCAACCAUCAUCCCAGUUUCUGAACUUGUUAUCAAUAUUGCCAAAGGCAUGCACGCGCACACAUACCCCUACACCACACACACACACACACACACACACACACACACACAACACACCCUCUUCCCCAUAGCCACUGAAGACGGCUGCACUCAGGCCUUCCAGGGGCUCAGAUAGAACUGCAUGGGGUUGACCCCGGACCAGGGCAGCUGGAAGAACUGUAUGGAAGGCCAAGCAGGGGAUGGGUACCGGGGCUCUGAUUGUCCCCAUCACCAAAGGGGUACCAGCGCCAACCAAAUGCUACCUCAUCCAAGCUAGGCCCUAGAGGGGAGAGGCCGCCGUUGACCACAAUGGUGCCACCAGCCUUAACAAGCAAACUGCCAUUUUAUUUGUUCUUUGGUUCAAUGACAACAACGAAAUCCCCGAGUGAAUGGGGGAGAGGGAGUUGGGUUGCAGGCAUGACACCCAGAUUUGCAGCUUCCAAGGCACCUGCUGGGCAUCCCUACUAGGAUGGUGACAAUUUCAAAUUUCACACGGACGGGACAGGCUGAUGGAAGCUGAGAUGGUGAGAACAUAUGGACGAGAAGCUGCCUUCCAUGACGAGUGGGAAGCUGGGCCUGUACAUAUUCCACCACAGACCAGUUCUCCCUCGACUACGUGUCUGGAAUAAUGUGCCGGAUGGACAGACCAGGGUUCUGCAAGUAGCCAUACCCAGAGAGGAAGAGGGAACAACAGAAGGGGCAGAAAAACAGUGGGGAAAUUAAAAAUAGGUGGCUCUGAGAGCAUGCCUAUUGGAGGGGAGGAAUUUCCAGACGAACCAGGGUUGUAGCUGGGCUACGCUGGACUUUCAAAAGAGGUUUCUAAAAAUAGCACCACUUUUUUUUUUGCUAAGUUUUUUAUAAAAAAAAAAACUACACACAAA